GUUGCUAAACUGUGGAGGGGUGCCAAGGUUGCGGCGUAGCUCUGGGUAGGUGGCUGGGAUGUUGUGCCUAUUUUGGCUGAUCGAUCUCGAUCGGCCAUCUCAGUUCGUGGGUGUCGAUCGCGGUGGUGCAUCGGCGGUUCUCGGGGAUCUGGAGGUGGCUUCUUACGCCUGUGCCCCUGCGUGUUGGGCUGUGGAUGUUUGGAUCUGGUGGUGGCGGUUCCGAUCCCGUUGGGAUCUGGCUCGAUCUCUGUGUUGGAUCUGCUGGGGGUCUUUAGCAUGGUGCAGGGGGGUCUUGCGGCGUGUCAUGGUGGUGCUGCGACGGAGGUUUUCAGGGUGGCACUAUUUUGACGCGUGGUGAGGGCGUGGUGGCGUUCGUGUUUUUGUGUCCAUGGUGAUGAAUUAUUCACUGUGUGUAUACAUCAUGGAGGCCGGUUUUAUUCAAGGAAUGGAGUGAAUAAGGCUUACAAAGGAGGGGAAACAGUGUAUGUUGAUGGGGUAGAUAAAGACAAAUUAUCUGUUACAGGAUUCAAUUACUGGGCACAUGAUCUGGGAUAUUUAGGAGGGCCAAUUGCUUACUGGUUUAGGAUACCAGGAAGCGAAAGUGGGACUGGUUAUUUGCCAAUAGUGACUGAUGCAGACUGUAUGGACAUGGUCCAGUUCAUACCUAAGGUUGGGAAGUUAAUUCAUGUAUACAUUGUUUGCUCAGUUGGAAGAAUGUAUUUGCAAGAUUGGGAGUUAGAUCACUAUGAUGAUGAAAUUGAUCAUUUGUCCUACGUUGGACAUGCCAUUGAUGACUUGUGGUUGGAAGAUGAUGCACCAGAAGAUGUGGAAGAGGAUGCUCAAAAAGCUGAAGAUGUUCAACAGGAGGCCCAGGUGACUUCUGAAGAUGAGUAUAUGCCAGAAGAGGUGAUACUUGUGCCACAGACCCAGCCAGUUGGAAAUAGGCAUAAUGGGCUUGGCCCACAGGAAAGACAAAGAAGAGGCCCACCUUGUAGGCAUGCUUCCACUUCACGGAAUAAGGGUGAUAAAGGGAAGGAGAAAGUUGUUGAGCAAGAGGUGGAAAGUCCAAAGAAGAAGCGGGGCAGGCCAAAGAAGGACUUGAAGAGGAGGUAUUCGACUAGGAGCAGUGGUGAGGGGUGUUCCCGACCAGUGACUUAUUCUGAAAGUGAUGACAGUGAUGAUUCAGACGAUCCAAAUUAUGAGGGGAUUGUAGACAGUGAUUUUGAGUUGGAUGAUGCAGAUGAUGAGGUGGAGUUUCAUACGCAUGUUGAUGGUGAUCCUAGCAAUGUCGAGGAAUGGGAAGAAAUUGGAUUCAAUGGAACAAUCUCGGAUGAGGAUGGGACUGCUUCUGAUGGCUUUCCCAGUCUGCAUGGUUCUUCAGAUGAAAGUGGGGAGGAUAUUGGGAUGUUUCCUGUGAAGGGUAAGAAGAGGUUUUCUAAUUGGAAGGAGUUCAAUCAGUUUGCUGACAUGAAGAAUCCUACAUUUGAGCUAGGUAUGAUCUUUCCUAGCUCCACAGUGUUCAAGAAAGCCAUGAGGAAGCAUGCAGUUCUUACAAAGAAGGAACUGAGGUUUCAGAAGAAUACAAGGCAUAAGGUAAAGGUGGUAUGUAUUACAAGUCCAGGGUGUCCAUUCACAGUUUAUGCAUCUACUCCAGAUAAAGAGAACCCAAACAUUCAGAUCAAGACCUUCAGACCAGUGCACAAGUGCUCAAGUGUAGAGGGAAAGGUGUAUCACUGUCAUGCUCCCUUUAUUGCUGAUGAGUAUGCUAAUUUUUUCAUGAAUGAUCCCAAUUGGACUAGGGAAGGGGUCCAGAAUGCAGUUGGAAAAGAUUUUGGAAUGGAUAUAGGGUAUCAAAUGGCUUAUAGAGCUAAGAGGAGGGCAGUUAAGUUAGCUCAAGGGAGUCAUGAGGAUCAGUAUAAUCUGCUUGAGAGCUAUGCACAUGAAUUGAAAAAGAAAAACCCGGGUACCUCUGUAUGGAUUCAAACAGAGCUAGAUGAAGAUCUGACACGGUUUAAGAGGAUUUAUAUCUGCUUAGAGCCUUUGAAGAUUGGUUGGAGGGCAGGUUGUAGGCCAAUCAUAGGGCUGGAUGGGUGUCACCUUAAGGGUGUUCACAAGGGGCACUUGCUGACAGCUGUAGGUAUUGAUGGGAAUAAUGGAAUUUAUCCCAUUGCUUGGGCAAUAGUGGAGUCUGAAUGUAGAGAUAGCUGGACAUGGUUUUUGGAGUUACUGAGAGUGGAUCUUCAAAUAUACCACAGUGUGCAUUAUGCUUUCAUUUCUGAUAAACAGAAAGGUCUAGAGCAAGCUAUCAAGGACCUGUUCCCAUUCUCUGAACACAGACAUUGUGUUCGACACCUCCACAAUAAUUUCAAAGGUGAUGGCUUUGGUGGUUUGGAGCUGAAACAAAAAUUAUGGGCUGUUGCAAGAGCAUGUACAAUGAGGCAGUAUGAGCAUGCAAUGGAAGAGCUGAAGAAAUCUUCUGUUGGGGCAUGGGGCUGGUGCAUGGAUAGACCAGCAAAACAUUGGUCUAAGUCACACUUUAAGGAUACAUUCAAGUGUGACAUACUUCUUAACAACCACAGUGAGUCAUUUAAUAAGAGUUUGCUGCAAGCUAGGAAGAAGCCUAUUCUGGGGUGUUUGGAGGAUAUCAGGACAAGUGCAAUGGUUAGAGUAUGUAACAGGAGAAACUCAGGGCAUAAUUGGAAGUGUAGGGUUGGACCUAGGGUUGAAAAGUUGUUGAAGAAGAAUGCUGAGUGGAGCCAUGAAUACAGGGCUCUUCAAUCAAGUGAGAUGAGGUUUGAAAUUCAGGGAAGAGGAGUUGGUUGUGCAUCUGGUGUCAUUACUCAGCACUCAGUGCAAUUGGACAAGAAGAGCUGCAGUUGUAGAAGAUGGGAUGUCAGUGGACUCCCUUGUGGUCAUGCCAUUGCAGCCAUUUAUUCAAAGGGCUGGUCACCAGAUGAGUUUGUAGAUGAUCACUAUAGGAUGGAGAAAUACCUUGAGGCUUAUGAGCAAGUAAUCAACCCCAUUGCUGGUAUCAGUGAAUGGGAGAUCAUCCACAGGCCUAUUGCAGCACCCUUAUAUAGGGCACAACCUGGAAGGCCCAAACUGAAAAGAAACAAAGAGCCAGGAGAAGAACCACCAGCUGCUGGUACUGAAAAGCUCUCAAGGAGUUUUUAUUCGCAGGUCAAGUGUGGGAGAUGCCAUAAAAAAGGACACAAUGUUAGGACCUGUUUGAGGAGAAAUCAGGAGAAUGCUGAAAAUGAGCUGCCUACAGAAGAUGGUGCAAAUGUUCUGCCACCAGAAGAUGGUGCAAAUGUGCAGCAACAGCCUGAACAUGAAAAUGUUCAAGUUCCAGAUAAUGCAGAGGUGCCCCAAGUCAUUCAUCAGCAACCACAACUCAUUUCUGAUAAUUUAAGUCAGAAUGUCACAAUUGAUGUGGAUGUUGUCAUUGGAAUGCAGUCACAGACUUCAACCAAUAUUGUUCAUCAACCACAGCCACAAGGUUCCUCCAAUCCUGUAUUCUCAAGCAGGAGAUUCAAGUCACCAGCAAGAAGGAUCAAACCAGGAAAGAAGCUUGCAGAAGGUUCUACUUCAGCCACAAACUCUGGGACGGAUUCAACAAGGCCCUCAUGGAAGUAUUGAGUCAAGGGCAAUUGAUCACUAUAGCCUGCAUUAACAUGUGUUUUUUA